GAAGGGAGCAUGUCUAAUUUGAUAAAAAAAAGUCAAACCCCAUCCAAAGUCACUCCUCGUCUCACUUCAAAUUUGGAGAGUAAGAAAAGAAAAAGACGAGAUUAAAAUGGAGAAAUUUGCAGAAUUAAGAGAAACAAUUGAGAAAUUGGAGUUAAUCGACGCUCAUGCUCACAAUAUCGUCGGAAUUAAUUCGUCAUUUCCUUUCAUCAAAUGCUUCUCUGAAGCUGACGGUGACGCUUUAACCUUUGCUCCUCACUCUCUCUCCUUCAAGAGGGGGGUGAGGGAAAUUGCCGAACUUUAUGGUUGCAAAUCAUCUUUGGACAGCAUCGAAGAUUAUCGGAAACAGUCUGGAAUAGAUUCCAUUAGCUCAACUUGUUUUGGAGCUGCAAGGAUCUCAGGACUAUUUAUUGAUGAUGGUAUCGAUUUUGAUAACAAGUAUGACAUAGAGUGGCAUAAGAGCUAUGUGCCUUUUGUUGGUCGAAUUUUAAGAGUUGAACACUUGGCAGGAAAGAUUCUGGAUGAAGACUCGCCUGAUGGAGCUACAUGGACACUGAACAAGUUUACCGAAGUUUUUGUUGCAAAAUUGAACUCAUUAGCUACCACAGUGGUUGGAUUGAAGAGUAUAGCUGCAUAUCGUGGUGGUCUUGAAAUUGAUCCAAAUAUUAGCGAAAAAGAUGCUGAAUAUGGUCUUUCUGAAGUUUUACGUGCUGGGAAGCCUGUCCGGAUUGGAAAUAAGAAGUUAAUCGAGUAUAUCUUUAUUCGUAGUUUGGAGGUUGCUUUGCACUUUGACUUGCCAAUACAAAUACACACAGGGUUUGGAGACAAAGAUCAGGAUUUGAGGACAUCAAACCCGCUUCAUCUUCGAAAGGUACUUGAAGAUACAAGAUUUUCCAAGUGUCGUUUUGUUCUCUUACAUGCUUCGUAUCCAUUUUCAAAAGAGGCAUCAUACUUGGCAUGUGUUUAUCCCCAGGUUUACCUUGACUUCGGAUUGGGACUUCUCUUACUCAGUAACAAUGGGAUGAAAUCUGCAGUUAAAGAGCUACUGGAGCUGGCUCCCAUAAAAAAGGUGAUGUUCAGCACUGAUGGCUAUGCGUUUCCUGAAGCAUUUUACUUAGGUUCCAGGCGAGCACGUGAAGUUAUUUUCUCGAUUUUACGUGAUUCUUGCAUUGAUGGAGAUCUUUCUGUUCCUGAAGCAUUGGAAGCUGCUAAGCACCUUCUAGCUCAAAAUGCAAUUCAAUUUUACAAGAUCAAAUGGAGUGGUGAACUGGGCUUAACAAAAGCCAUGUCACAUAAUUUUGGAGAGGAUACAAAUAUUGUGCCACAAAGUAAUAUUACAUUAGUCCGCUUAAUCUGGGUCGAUACUUCAGGGCAGUGCAGAUGUCGUGUUGUUCCUCUGAAGCGCUUCCAUGCAGUUGUCAAGAAAAAUGGUGUUGGUUUAACUUUUGCGUGCAUGGGAAUGACCUCUUUUAUGGAUGGCCCAGCUGCUGAGUCUAACUUGACAGGAACAGGCGAGAUCAGACUUAUUCCUGAUAUGUCAACACUUAGGACAAUCCCAUGGGCUCAAGGUGAAGAGAUGGUUUUGUCAGACAUGCAUCUCAAACCUGGUGAACCCUGGGAAUAUUGCCCAAGGGAGGCAUUAAGGAGGGUUGCAAAAGUCCUGAAAAGAGAAUUUAAUUUGGAAAUGAAUGCGGGGUUUGAGAAUGAGUUUUAUCUCUUGAAACCGGUUUCAAGGGAUGGAAAAGAAGAAUGGGUUCCUUUUGAUUCAACCCCAUACUGUUCAACUUCAUCAUUCGAUGCAGCUUCUCCCAUCCUUCAGGAAAUGUUUGCUUCUCUUCAGUCUCUAGAUAUUACAAUGGAGCAGGUACAUGCAGAAGCAGGGAAAGGCCAAUUCGAGAUGGCCCUGGGACACACUGUUUGUACCCGUGCUGCAGAUAAUUUGAUUUUUGCUCGUGAAGCUAUCAGGGCCGUGGCUAGAAAACACGGUUUGCUGGCAACUUUUGCACCAAAGUAUACAUUGGAUGACAUUGGAUCUGGAUCCCAUGUGCAUUUGAGUUUGUGGGAAAAUGGGGUAAAUGUUUUCACUGGAGCUGGUGAGUCCAGUCACGGAAUGUCUAAAGUUGGCGAGGAAUUUAUGGCUGGAGUUCUGUUUCAUCUUCCAGCCAUUUUAGCAUUUACUGCUCCAAAUCCAAAUAGCUAUGAUCGGAUACAACCAGAUACAUGGAGUGGAGCAUAUCAUUGCUGGGGGAAAGAAAACAGGGAAGUUCCACUGAGGACUGCCUGCCCUCCUGGAGUAGCAGAUGGCCUUGUAAGCAACUUUGAAAUUAAAUCAUUUGAUGGCUGUGCAAAUCCCCACAUGGGAUUGGCUUCUAUAAUGGCUGCAGGGAUUGAUGGCUUACGGAGGCACCUCGUUCUGCCUUUUCCUGUUGAAGCGAAUCCCUCUAGCCUUGAUGGAGAACUUCAGAGGUUGCCAACAUCACUUGCCGAAUCCUUGGAAGCUCUUCAUAAGGACAACUUCUUUAAGGAAUUCCUCGGUGAGAAGCUGCUGACAGCUGUAAAGGGAGUUAGGAAGGCAGAAGUAGAUUACUACUCACAGAACAAAGACGCAUACAAGCAACUCAUAUACCGAUAUUAAGGUGUUGCGAAUUUGCACAGUAUAACAAAUAUAAUAAUGUUGCUACAAGAAUGUACGUAGAUAGAAUAGACUUAUCUGGAAUAUGCGAACAAUCGGAAGAACACGUAGCGAACAAUUGUUGCGCCUUGGGAUACCACUGUCCUAAAAGACGAUUCCGCACUACCUCGUGCACUCACAAACCCUAAUGGAGUCAGAAUAUAUGCCAAAACCAAGAGCAAUUUGAGAGAAAAAAAUAAUGUGUUUUUGUAUUUCUGGAACUGUGAUUAUAUUCCAUGUAAGGAACGUAUGAAAAUGAGAUUGAUUAAAUAAUCAAUCUCCAUAAAAGGCAAUGGACAAAAACGUAAAGAGCAAUAAUGUGGUAAGUUAUUAUGGGAAGAAAACAAUUACCUCAAGUCUUGUAUAAGAUCGUCCACACCAUCAUUUGAUGGUGUGACGUGUUCACACUAUAUGGACUAAUUUGUCAUUAUAUCUUCAAUUUAAAUACAGCAAAGCUCAUUCAUGCGAAGGCAGAGGCUUCAUA